AUGCGCACCGCCAGCCCUCCCUUCGACAGGGACUCUGCAGACCUCAUUUUCCGCACCACCGACGGCGUCGACUUCCUGGUCCACAAGGCCAUCCUCGCCAUCGCAUCACCGCUGCACAACGACGCCUCCGAGGCCGAAAGCAUGGGAGUGUCUCCCGAUGCCAAAGUCGGAGACCAUGGUGGAGAGACUCAGAGCCGCACGGUGAUUUCAGUGUCGGAAGACAGCGAGACGAUCGACAAGCUGCUCCGGCUUGUCUAUCCCGUCGCUCCGCCGGCCCUGGAAACAUUGGAUGCGCUCAAGCCAGUGCUUGAGGCCGCGGUGAAGUACCAAAUGGAGAGUGUGCUGGAGCUGUUACGCAAGAAGCUUGUAUCGCAGGUCUUCCUGGAGGAAGAACCGCUGCGGGUCUUUGCGAUAACCUGCUAUCACGGUUUCGAGGAGGAGACCAGGGUAGCCGCCAUGUAUACGUGCUACAAGGGUCUGCCGGGGCCUAACGUGAGGGAGCUCAGGAGUAUCACCGCCUCAGCGACCCGUGCUUUGUGGGAACUGAAGGAUAAAGCUUCAGUGUCCGCAAGCUCGGUCGUCACGAAUCUAUCAUGGAUGUCGGAAUGCGACACAAUCCAGAGGAGUUGGGCUUUUUUCUCCUGUUCGCAGUGUAGCCAAAGCUCGAGGGAAAUCAAUGUGCAAGGUGUCAUGGUGUGGCCCAGAGCAUGGUGGGACACCUAUAUGGCCAGCAUCGGACAAGAGUUGAUGAGGGCUCCUUGUGGGAUGGAGGUGACCAGUCCGCGGUUAUUUGCUAACGCGGCAUAUAAUAUCGCAUCAAGUCACUGUUCCUUCUGUCGGGAUUUCGGCAAAGGCCUUAAAGACCUGACGGCCUUCAAUCGGAUUCUCGCCGCAAGAGUUGACAAGGCAGUUUUAGAGAUUGCUGCCACCAUAGACUUUCAGUAG